AUGUCAAAAAUCGGCGACUUCCCCUUAAAAGACAAGAUUGCUGUUGUAACCGGCGGUGGCAGCGGCAUAAAUCUUUGUUUCGCCCAACUAGCAGUCCAAAAAGGCGCCAAAGUCAUAAUAGCCGAUCUCAAACUCACACCCGAAGCCGAGAAAUUCAUAAACAGCGAAGCCGCCUCAGCCAUAUUUACAAAAUGUGAUGUUACAAGGCGAGCAGAUCUAGAGAACCUGAUAAGAGUCUCAGAAGAAAAUUAUGGAGAUGUACCAGAUGUAUACAUCGCCGGAGCUGGUGUAUUUGAACCUUCAUGGUCCAACUUCUGGGAUGACACUGAAGAAGACGGUUACGCAGCCCUCGACGUAAAUGUAACUCACGCCAUUAAACUCACGCGUAUAGCCAUGCGUGCUCUCCUCCGCAAAGGCAAAAAGGGAGUCAUUUUAAUCACUGCUUCCCUAGCUGGGUACCAGGGAACGUUUAGUGCACCACUUUAUUGCGCUACGAAACAUGCUGUGAUCGGAUUUGUGAGGUCGAUGGCAGAAUUGGAUGGGCUGGAGGGGAUUAAAGUUUGUGCUGUUGCGCCUGGAAUGGUAGCAACACCCCUAUGGCUCUCUCGCCCCGACAAAAUGACACAAUUCGGCUACGACCCAGCCCACACCAUCACCCCCGAGCGUGUGGCAGCCGACAUGUACGAGCUCGUCACCGACGGUCAGUACGGUGGUGGUACCUGUCUUGAGAACUCUGCGGCUGGAACGAGGGUGUUGGGGACCUGGAAUAUCGAGGCGCCGAAGAGUGCAGGCACGAAGGUCCCGCAAAGUGUGAAGGAUGUGAAUUAUAGGUCUAUGAUUGAGAUUAUGGGCAGGGAGAAGGGUGCGAAGUUGUAA